CUCCAUAUCAGCGCGGACUGCAGGAGGACCGGCAGAGAUUUGGAAACAUGGCGCUGUGUAGUGUGCUGCGAAGUGAGUCUGCGGAUUUCUCCGCUUCUCAGGAUCAGUCCUGGGCGUUCGGCUGUGGGCUGAAUCAGACCGACUUGUGCUUCGGCGCCACAGCCGGAGAUUGCCUCAAUUUCGCCGUGAAUCCGCUGGGAGAUGAUGAGAGUCCUGAGCGGAAAAUCGAGUUUCUCCAUGGAACCACCACCUUAGCCUUUAAAUUCCAGCAUGGCGUCAUCGUGGCCGUAGACUCCAGAGCAACUGCUGGGUCCUACAUUGCGUCUCAGACGGUGAAGAAGGUUAUUGAGAUUAACCCGUAUCUAUUGGGCACCAUGGCUGGAGGAGCUGCAGACUGCAGUUUCUGGGAGCGUCUGCUGGCCAGACAGUGUCGCAUCUACGAGCUGCGCAACAAGGAGCGCAUCUCUGUGGCUGCUGCCUCCAAACUGCUGGCUAACAUGGUCUACCAGUACAAAGGAAUGGGGCUCAGCAUGGGCACCAUGAUCUGCGGCUGGGACAAGAGAGGGCCAGGGCUGUACUAUGUGGACUCUGAGGGCAACCGUGUUUGUGGCGACCAGUUCGCUGUGGGCUCCGGUUCCAUGUACGCCUAUGGCGUCCUCGACAGCGGCCUCCGCCAGGACCUGACCGUGGAAGAGGCCUGCGACCUGGGCCGGCGCGCCAUCUACCAGGCCACCUACCGCGACGCCUACAGCGGUGGACAAGUCAACCUGUACCACGUGCACAGCGAGGGCUGGAAGAGAGUGUCCCAGGAAGACGUGCUGCAGCUUCACCAUCAGUACCAGAGCCAGAAAGCGUAGAGGCUGAGAGGUGGAGGAGGAGAAGGAGGAUGCUAGGACGGAUGUGGGGGUGCUGUAUCCCACCGGACGGCGCAUGGAGCCAGAACUCGCUUGGCCGGCUCCCUCGGAGUGCGAGUGGGCUUCUGUUCCUCUGAUCACACAUGUAACCACAGUUACCAAACCCACUCUCAAUAAACCCUGGACUUGUUUUUUGCUA